AUGCAGGCAUCUAGCGCCGAGCGGCAGGCGUAUGAGCACGCAGUAUCGCAAGAGCCACGCAUUCCAGGGCCAUGGAUGGAACUUAUGGCCUAUGUGCGACAGAGCGGUGAUCUGAACGACAUAUGCGAUGUGUAUGACCGCUUCUUGGAGCAUUUUCCUCAGGCGAGUGCACAGUGGAUCGAGUAUGUGAACUUGGCCUUGUCACAGUCGAAUUUUGACCAGGCGGACGCAAUUUUUGUUCGAUGCCUGCGCUCGACUCUGUCUAUGGACUUAUGGAAAGUAUACCUUGCCUACGUCCGUCGUGUCCAUCCUCUUCCGCCGUUCACGGGAGAGGAAAAUAGCCCGCGUGACCAAACUCGGCGCAUUCUGGAAGCAUCGUACGAGUAUGCGUUGAAACAUAUUGGAUGGGACCGUGAGAGUGGACCCAUUUGGCAGGACUACAUUCAACUGGUUCGCGAGCGCGAAGCGCGAGGGGCAUGGCAAGAGGGACAAAAGAUGGAUCAGCUACGAAGGAUAUACCAGCGUGCUGUUUCUACGCCAAUGAAUCACAUCGAGGCGAUCUGGAAAGAAUACGAUGCCUAUGAAAAUUCUCUCAACAAACUUACGGCGAAAAAGUUCUUGGCAGAGCACUCUCCGGCGUACAUGCAGGCGCGUGCAGUGCUGGGAGAAAUGAAGCCGCUCACGGAUGGGCUUGUGCGCCCAUCGCUCCCGACGCCGCCCAGUUGGAUUGUGCCUAACUCGCGUGCUGCACCACAGAAGGAGCAUGCUUCCUAUGAGGCAUGGCAUGCGUAUCUCGCGUGGGAGCAGACGAAUCCGCUAGCUCUGCAAGAUCAUGGAGCGUGGCAGCACCGUGUCUUGUGUGCGUACAAAAAAGCCACCAUGUACAUACGCUUCGAUGCUGUGGUCUGGUAUAUGGCUGCGCAUUUCUGCCGGACGAUCCAGCGGGAGAAUGAUAUGCUUGUAUGGCUUCGAGAUGGGAUUGAUGCGUGUCCAUGGAGUAUUCUGUUGCGUUUUACGUACGCUGAUAUCAGCACCAGAUUGGGUCGGUUCUCAGAUGCCACUGCUGCUCUGGAUGACCUAGUGGACUACGCGCAGGCUCAAGUGGAUAAGCGUCUUAGCGCGCUGGCAGACGCCAAGGCCCGCAUUGAUGAGCACAUGGCCACGGAGCGGAAGCAGCGCCUUGACAAGCGAGCGCAGCUCGACUCUGUGCCUGACGAUGAUGAUGGCGACAAGGCUGAGCUUGCAGAUAUUGAACGCCGUGUGCAGGAGGAGCGAGACCAACAAUACCAGCAGCUUGAAAAGGAGGCGGAGGCCACUAUCUCGGUCUGGCGCGAUGCUGUGAGCCAGGUAUGGAUCAAGUAUAUGCAGUUUGUACGUCGAUCAGAGGGUAUACGUGCCGCGCGCCAAAUUUUUUCGCGUGCGCGCAAGUCGAAACACUGUUCGUGGCAAGUGUACGAGGCUAGUGCCAUGCUCGAGUAUCACUGUGCGAAAGAGGCGCUCGUCGCGACCAAGGUAUUUGAGCUGGCGCUCAAGACUUUUGGUCCGGAUGAGCACCUCGUAGUGCGGUACCUGGACUUUUUGUUGUCUGUCAAUGACGAUGCCAAUGCUCGUGCAGUCUUGGAGCGGACGGUGAGCAGUCUGCCGCCUGAGCGAGCGCGGAUUGUGUGGGAUCGCUGGGCAACGUACGAAUACAACUAUGGUGAUGCUAGUGGUAUAGCGCGUCUCGAGACUCGCAUGUCUGACCUGUACCCUGGUCGCCCAGCGGUCCAGAGCGCGGCUCACAAGUUGCAGUAUCGCACCCUGGACUGGGUCCGUGCACACGAGCUGGGUAUGGAAGUAUCGACGACGAAGCCCAAGGAGUCAAAACGCAAGGCAGAAUCGCGCUCAUCUGCGCCCGAAGUGUCCGCGCCCGAGCCAACCAAAACGAGCGACAGCAAAGCAGAUGCCCCGAGUAGUGGUGGUCGGACCAUGGAGGACAUUCGUCGCUCCCUCGCAACCUCUGCCGAGCCCGUCAAGCGUACGCGUGGCAAGUCGGAAGAAAAGUCGACGAAAAAGUCAAAGAGUACUGUUCAUGAUGCACCUCGCAAAGGCGCUCGAGACACGCCGCCUCCGUCGUCUUCGUCGCUCGCACCUCCGCCCGUGCCCACGAUACCAGAUGCGAUUUUGUACUUUAUGAGUUUGCUACCGCAUGCUAUGACGUACGAUGGACCUCCUAUCCCUCCCGAGGCUAUAUUCGAAUGCUUGGCACGCAGCAGGCUCCCACUGCUACCCGACGCCCGAAAGGCCGUCGCGAAGCGCCGUCCAUAG